AUGGAGGCGAACGCAGCCAAGCGGAAGGAGCCGCGCAAGGCGUUGCGGGUUAAAGUCAUCUCCAUGGGCAACGCCGAGGUGGGCAAGAGCUGCAUCAUCAAGCGGUACUGCGAGAAGAGGUUCGUGCCCAAGUACCUGGCCACCAUCGGCAUCGACUACGGCGUCACCAAGGUGCAGAUCCGGGAUCGGGAGAUCAAGGUGAACAUUUUCGACAUGGCCGGACACCCCUUCUUCUACGAGGUGCGGAACGAGUUCUACAAGGACACGCAGGGGGUGCUGCUGGUGUACGACGUGGGAUCCAAGGAAUCCUUCGAUUCCCUGGAUUCCUGGCUGGCCGAGAUGCGCCAGGAGCUGGGGCCCCACGCCAGCCUGGACAACGUCGUCGUCGUCGUCUGCGCCAACAAGGUGGAGGCGGGCCGGGCGCGGGCGGUGGACGAGAGCGAGGGGCGGCUCUGGGCCGAGAGCCGCGGGUUCCUCUACUGCGAAACCUCGGCCCAGAGCGGGGAGGGCAUCCAGGAGAUGUUCCAGACUUUCUACUCGGCCCUGCUGGAGCUGUGCGAGAACGGCGGGAAGCGGCCGGCGGGCGGCGCCGGGAUCGGCUUCACGCGGGAGCAGGCGGACGCCAUCCGCAGGAUCCGCAGCAGCAAGGACAGCUGGGACACGCUGGGGCUCAAACCCGGAGCCACCAGGGAGGAGGUGAGCAAGGCCUAUCGGCGCCUGGCCGUGCUCCUGCACCCCGACAAGUGCCCGGCCCCCGGCAGCGAGGACGCCUUCAAGGCCCUGGGCAGCGCCCGCGCCGCGCUCCUCAAAAACAUUCCUUAA